CAAAGAAAAUCUGAAGUGUGUGUAUUUGACUGUAUUUGUUUUUCUGGCUGUGAAGUGUUCUACUUCAGUGCAAUAAUAUUUUUCGAAGAUAUGAUAAUUGUGGGAACACACAUACUUUAUUGAAAUGACGUGGCAGAUGUUUAUAACUGAUAUUAUUAAAUAAACAGAGAGCUCGAUUUUCAGGGAAAGUAAACAUGACGUACGGCCGCCAACUACGGUCUUCUGCUGUGAAUGUGCAAUAUAAAUCCUCCUUUUACCACACUUCCCGUACUUUGCCUGAUAUUUUAGAGAGGUGACUGCGGUGUUUCCAUAAUACAUAUACCAACAGCCUCUUCAUGAGCGACAAGCAGAAACUUUUAAAUACUGGACGUUUGUUCGAAAACCAAUGGGAAAUUGUUUCUCUUGCUUCAAGGACCCUCCGCCUCCAGUUCCGUCCACAAACGGUCCCCUGGAGAAAGACAAGGAAGAGAUCAAGGAACUGACGGGAGUCCUUAGCUCAGCUGAAGAUAUUAAUUGCUCUCCUUUGGGUACUGUGGAGACACAAAUUAAUGGCAACAGCAAAGGAGCAGGCAUUCCCAGCUUUGUCGUUGGAAGUGAUAAUUAUGGCAGCUUGCACCGUGACAAAACAACUCGGACAUUUUACCCUCGUAUUCCACCUUUGAGUCGCACAUCUGGACUUUCAAGUAGUGAAACAAAAGGAAGGGAACCUUCAGAGUCAAAGCUUAAUGUCCUCUUUGACCAGUAUAGAGACAGCAAUGAGGAUUCUAUUCUAGCUGAUGGAAUUGAGCGACUCUGCAAUGAUCUCUCUGUCUCGCCAGAUGAUUUUAAAGUGCUGGUGCUCGCAUGGCGUCUAAAUGCUGAGCAGAUGUGCCGAUUUACCAGAUCUGAAUUUGUGAAUGGAUGUCGUGCAAUGCGAGUGGACUCUGUACGUGCUAUUCAAGCAAAACUCCCAGAAUUGGUUGCUGAUGUUCUGAAGGACCCUGAAAUGUUCAAAGAUUUGUACCGCUUUACGUUCAGAUUUGGCCUAGAUGCAGAGUCAGGUCAGCGUAUAUUACCGUCCGAUAUGGCCAUUUGUCUGUGGCGUUUGGUGUUCUCUGCCUGUGAGCCACCGAUUCUUUCGCGGUGGCUUUUCUUUUUAGAAAAUCAUCCCCAUGUGAGAGGAAUUCCUCGAGACACUUGGAAUAUGUUUCUUAAUUUCUCAGAAGCUGUGGGUGAUGACCUCAGUUCAUAUGACGACACUGAGGCUUGGCCAAGUCUCUUUGAUGAUUUUGUUGAAUUUGAAAAUGAUAAACUGAAUCAAAAUAUAUCGAAAGAUAAAGAAGAAAUAAUUAAACAAGACUGUGAAUAAGCAAGUAACUUGUUUUAUUACUGAAAACUUUGGAUUAUUUUUUUAUUAAUUUAUCACAUGUAAGACUGAUGUUUGCUUAGGAUGCCAUGCUAACUCUAAUUUAUGGUAUCCAGUCAGUAACUGUUUGAAAAAACAUAGCAGUUUUUCUAGCAGCACUGUUUAAUGCUUGUUGAUAUGCUGUUGUUUCAGGUAUAUGAAAUUCGGACUCUUUCCACUCACAUGAAAAUCAGUUUGCAGAUAUUUAUUAAUAUUGAGUUUCAAAUAUGCAGUAAUAUAAUUAUUGUACUGGUAGCAAGAAAAUGCAAAUAAGAAUGCCAGGAAAGCAUCAGUGCACAUUGUUUGCAUCACCACAUUAUAUUUCCUAAUAUGUUUAUACAUUGCUUGAUCAGUUUUUAAGCCAGUUUCAACUUGAGAAAUAACAGACAAGGUGCUGCAGUGGUCAGUGAACAGUGCAUUUACUUGGAAAAUAAAGGUAUUUGAUAUUUUUGAGAGGAUGCCAUUUUUUAAAUUAGUUUCUCUCAUCACUGAAAAUAAAUGUAAAUAUGAAGAUAAUUCUAGUUUCCUUGUUUUAAAACUCCAAUCAGUAUCUAUAAUCAUUCAGGCUUCAGAGAAUCCCAAUAUCAACAUUACCAUUCCCGAAUUUUCACAGAUUCAGCAUACAUGAAAUUUUCUCUCUUCCUCUCCCUAUUGAAGGUUAUGAGAGAAAAGGACUUCUGCUUACUGUCAAGUGUAUGAAAUAUUUUCAGCUCUAAAUGUAUAACUCUGAACAUGUUUGUUGUUCUAUAUGAAAGUCAGUUGAUGAAAUAAGUAUGUCAUUGACUGCAUCAUCUGACAAAUGAAGGCAAUGAUUUGAUCUGUGGCAGAAGCAGAGUAUCAGAUGGUGAGCUUCUCCUUUUUCAAUUACUAACAACAGAAAUGGGAAGUCAGAAAAGUGUAAAAAGGUGACACAGACCACUAAGGGAACAAUAUAGUACAUCAAGUCACACCACCUGCAGCUCUCAUAGUUCUCAAUGUCCCCUUGAGUUGCCAUUGAUGUUUGACUAUUAAGAAAUUAUUCAUUCCACACACCAUUUGUACAAGAAAAUAAGGCAGCACACUAUAAACACUCAAGCUUAAACAGUGCCUAUGAAAAUUAAGGUACUGAUGUGAUUGAGAACACUGUGUGAAUACAUUCUGCAGUGACAUGGUAUCCUUUGUAGGUAAAUGAUGGAGGAAUAGGAAAUGUGUUCUGAAAAUGGUUAGUAAAAUACUAAAUGGAUGGGGAAAAAAGAUUUAAUAUACAGUAUUAUGGAACUAUCAAGUCCAUAACAAUAUUCUUCAAUUAUUUAUUUACUAUAUUAUAUUUUCACAUGGUUUAGUCUGUUAACAUAUCCCUGUAUUUUGUAAAAGAUGUCUUAACAAUUGUUCAUAUGAAGACCUUUAAAUAUCAGUGACCAAAAGUACAGCACUGUAGCAUCAUUUUUAAGGAAUUGAAAUGAGACCUGGAAGAUAUAAAUUACUUAUGCUGAAUGUAAUGUUGACAAAGACACAGCCAUGUGAGGUGAGAAGUCCCAACAAGGAUUCAAUGUAUGUAAUGAUCGAACUAAUACACAUGUAAAUAGAAAAGAACCAGUGUUUAUGAAAAUUUUCGACUAUACUACAGACCAGCCAUUAUGUUGCUGUUGACUAGAUAUUAUUUCUGUUGACUUUGAAAAGAAAAUUUUAAUAUUUUUACCUGAAUUACUAAAAACUGAUUAAUUAUUUUCAGAAGACUGAUUGUUUGGUCAAAUAAUGCAGGUUUACCAGUUUAUUUCUCUAUUUUAAAAAUACAAAUUUAUUUAUUUAUUUAUUUUACAAGCAUUAGUCUUCAUGCAGCAAGGGCUUUUUUUAAUAGCCAUCGUUGGUGAAGUGGGCUAUAUUAUCACACUUGUAACAGGCUGUUAAAUUGCAUCUUCAGUCAGGUUUUACUUAUGUGUCAUUAUGUUAAGGGUACUGUGGGACAACUAUAAUUAUUUGUAUUGGUUUCUUUGUGUUAAAAAAGCUGUAUAAACUUUCUGUAAAACAUAUGAUGUAUGUGGUGAUGCAACCAUGUCAGUCUUCCACUUAAUUUGGAUAGUUUCUUUUCUUUUUUUAUUUAAAUUAAAACACCUCAACAAUGUUUUUCAAAUGGAGACAUUCAUAUGUAUUUUCAUAUUGUAAAGUGUUUAUGCUGUUGGCUUCUUUAAAUUAAUGAAGGACGUUAAAUGAAUUUGCUGCUACAUUGCCUAAACUUACUUUGUUCUGAAAUGUCUUAUGCUAUGGACUCAGUUUCUCACUACGUAAAAAUUUCCUUUGUCAGUUUAUUGUAAGCUUUGGAAAUUAAUUUUUUCUCUUUUGAGUAUGCAGAAAUUGGUAGCCCAAAAAUUAUAUAUAUAUAUGUGUGUGCAAUAAUAAUUAUAACACCACAACUGCAUCCUGGCUGAUUUCUUGCAUAUUUCCUGUCUAAAUGAUAUACUCUAAAAUCUUGUAUAGUGAAUCCUGACUUGUCAGUAUUAUACUCAGACACUUAUCCAUCAUUCAUUGUCUGUUGGUAUUAUUAAUACUAAAGUUUGCAAGACUGAUUCACAUACUAAAAUUAUUUUACAUUCUUCUUUGUUGAUCUUGAUAAUUUGUCGCUUCACAGUAACCUUACAUGAACAAUAAUUACAAUUUUAUUAAUACUUUUGAAUUUCUCUAAACUGGGCCUUAUAAGGUCAGUGGUAAUAUAAGUUUCAGGUAUCUACUAAUGAAAGAUAACUAAUAGAAAAUCUGCAGAUUCAUUUACAGAUAUGUUCUACAGGAUGUAAACAUAGAUAUUCUUUUAUGUAAACAUCAUCUGGUAGUUUUUCUGGGCUUAACAUCACUGAUGAGAUAGUCUCAUAAAAUGUUUCUGUGAGCUUCCUGUGACAUUAGUUAAUUUCACUAUGAAAUAACUUUUUGAUAAGUGUGUGCCACCUCUAAUUUGCUGUAAGUUCUCACAAAUAUGUUUUCACUUGAGAGUUUUGAUAUAAUGUGUGAAUAUUAUUGGUUUUAAUUGUACAAAGCAUUGAAAAACUGUAUAUAUGUGAUGCCUUGCAUAAUAAUUCUCCCACACAAUGAUCAUAAACUUAAUAUAUUUCCAUAAGGAGCUACUAUGCCAAAUGAAAGUUUUGCACUCCAUCCAAGGUACUUGCAGUCUUGGACUUCUAAAGAGAAGAUGUACAAAAUAAAAUGUUUAUACACGCAAA